UCAUAUUCCACUUAAUUCCCACAUCUCAAUUCUCAAGGCAUAAAUUGAGUAACACCUACACCAGCAUCAUGGGCAAGCAAAAAAUUGAGAUCAAGGUCACAAUGGAAAAUGCAAAGAGGCGAACAAAAGCGCUCACGGUAGCCGUUGGGCAGCCUGGUGUCAUAUCUGCACAAGUAGAUGGAGAGAAAAUCGUGGUUAUCGGCGAUGGUAUCGACUCGGCGGCCCUAACGAUCAAGCUUAGAAAGAAGAUGUGCUUCGCAGAUUUGAUCAGUGCAUCUGCGGUCGAAGAGAAAAAAGAAGGGGAAAAAGAAGAGAAAAAAGAAGGGGAAAAAGAAGAGAAAAAAGAAGGGGAAAAAGAA